AUGGCCCAUCGACCCAUUAAAUUCGCCGCGCCGCCCGCGAUCCCUCCCGGCUCGCUCAUCCUCGUUACGGGCGCCAACGGGCUCAUCGCCAGCCACGUCGUCGACCAGCUGCUGGCUGGCGGCUACCGGGUGCGCGGGACGGUGCGCAGCCUGGAGCGCAGCGCGUGGCUCGAGCCGUGCUUCGCAGCGCGCCACGGUGCCGGCCGUCUCGAGAUCGUCGAGGUGCCCGACCUCGCGGCCCCGGGGGUAUGGGACAUGCAGUUCUCAAGGGGCGUCGCAGGAAUCAUGUCGGUCGCGGGGUUAGUUGAUCUGAUGCUCAGCGACGUCGAGGCGGCUGUCGCAGACGACCUCGCGGCCGUGCACGGUAUGCUGCGCGCGGCACAGGCGCAGCCCAGCGUGAAAGCGUUCGUGCUCACGAGUACCGUGUGGGCGGCCUGGACGCCCGAGGCCGACGUGGCGCGGACGGUCACCGAGGCCUCGUGGAACGACGCUGCCGUUGCAUUGGCCGGCGACGCGAGUGUGCCGCGUGAUGGCAAGGGCAUCGCGCCGUUCAUGGCCUUCCGCACACGGGUCGAGCAGGCCUGCUGGGACUGGGUCGGCCGCGAGAAGCCGCGGUUCGCCUUCAACACGGUGCUCCCCGACAUGGUGCUGGGCACCGUCUUCGACGCUCGCGCCCAGACGGCCAGCACGUCGGGCAUGGUCAAGUGGCUGCACGACGGCGCGCGCCUCGACGUGCUCGAGCGCAUCCCGCCGCAGUGGUUUAUAAAUGCUGCCGACAACGGCCGGCUGUACCUGGCGUUGCUGGCGACGGGCGUGAGUGGGCAGCGCGUGUUUGGCUGUGCGGGGCGGUUUGGCUGGCCGGCUGUACUUGAGGUUCUCAAGGCGCAGUAUCCGGAGAAGCAGGACUUUGUCGACUUGGCGGACGCCGGGCAGGACAAGACGGAGCUGCAGGUGCAGUCGGAUAAGGCCCUUGCUUUGCUGCGGGCCACUGGGCAGGACUCGUGGACGAGCAUGGAGCAGAGCGUGAGAUCUGCAAUGGAGAGCUACCUGUCUGUGUAA